AACAGUUGCCGGGACUUACCGGCGAGUGCCACUCGAACCGAGUUCGAAGUGUCCUUGAACUUGUUAUUUAACGCACAACACGAGACCCCCUGCUCCGCUCUAAUCUUUAAAAAUUAAUGAUAACAGCAAUAUUUUCAACUGGUACUCAUUGCAAAUCUGUUCUCAUAUUCAGUGAGAAUCAAUCUGUUGAAGAAACUACGCAAUGGCAACUGCAGGUCAAGUGAUUAAAUGCCGUGCAGCGGUAGCAUGGAAGGAGAAGGAGCCUCUUUCGAUUGAAGAAAUCGAAGUGGCCCCACCAAAAGCCAAUGAGGUUCGCAUAAAAGUCGUGGCAGUCGCCCUAUGCCACACCGAUGCCUACACCUUGGGAGGGCUCGACCCCGAGGGAGUCUUCCCCAGUGUCCUGGGGCACGAGGGCAGUGGCAUCGUCGAGAGCGUCGGCCCAGGCGUCACCGAGUUUCAGCCAGGAGAUCAUGUCGUCCCUCUCUACACUCCUCAGUGCAGAGAGUGCAAAUUCUGCAAAUCCCCAAAGACCAAUCUCUGCCAGAAGAUUCGAGUCACUCAGGGAAAGGGUCUGAUGCCAGAUGGCACGACCAGAUUCACCUGCAAGGGGAAACCCAUUUUUCAUUUCAUGGGGUGCUCGGUUUUCUCGGAGUAUACUGUUGUUGCUGAUGUUUCUCUUGCGAAGGUCGAUCCCAAAGCUCCUCUAGAGAAGAUCUGUCUGCUCGGGUGUGGAGUUCCCACCGGCUACGGGGCAGCCCUCAACACCGCCAAAGUCGAGCCCGGAAGCACUUGUGCCAUCUGGGGUCUCGGGGCUGUCGGUCUGGCAGUCGCCCUAGGAUGCAAAGAGGCUGGGGCAUCCAGAGUCAUCGGCAUCGACGUUAAUCCCGAGAAGUUCGAGCCGGCAAGAGCCUUCGGAUGCACUGAAUUCGUUAAUCCGAAGGACCACACUCGUCCCAUUCAGGAAGUGUUGAUUGAACUCACUGAUGGGGGAUUGGAUUACACUUUCGAGUGCGUGGGAAACGUCCAGACUAUGAGAGCAGCUUUAGAAGCUUGUCACAAAGGCUGGGGAACGUCUGUUAUCGUGGGAGUUGCUGCUGCAGGUCAGGAGAUCAGCACUCGUCCAUUCCAACUGGUCACUGGUCGUGUAUGGAAAGGCACAGCAUUUGGAGGCUGGAAAUCCAAGGACAGUGUGCCAAAGCUCGUCGAUAAUUACCUGAAUAAGAAAUUACUGCUCGACGAGUUCAUCACCCACACCAUGAAGUUUGAGGAGAUCAACGAGGCCUUUCAAUUGCUUCAUUCUGGGAAAUGCUUGAGAGCAGUUCUUAAAUACUGAAUCUUCUAACCCUUUGGGAUAAUCUCCACUCAAUAAUGAAUAAAAAUGUGUUCUAAAAAAAUGUAUAGAAUCUUUUGUACAAGAAAUAAAGGUUAAUUUGAUAUUCUCUUCA